UUGUCCUGUUAGAACUUAUAACUCGAAAGAAGGCCUUGGAUCCUUCAUUGUAUGGGGAUACAGAUAUUGUCAGUUGGGUUAGGUCUAUUUGGACAGAAAUUGAAGAAAUUGAGGAGAUUGUGGAUCCAAGCCUUUUGGACGAAUUCAUGGACUCAAGUGUCAUGGAACAAGUAAUUGAAGUGCUUUCACUAGCUCUUAGAUGUACAGAGAAGGAUGUAAGCAGAAGACCCUCUAUGAAAGAGGUGGUCAAGCUAUUAACAAGGUCCAGUUCGAGUAUAAGAAUCAAAUACUAGCUAUCAUGGGCAUGUAGUAUCUACUGUAUCAUGCUAUUCCAUGUAAACUUCUGAUGUGUUCUAGAUACAACAAUAUUCUUCUGAUAAGUGCAGUCCUAACUUUCAGCUUGCUCAUCCAUGUUACAAAAUGCUGCCUGUAGGUUCAGUAUCUUUUUAUUUCUAGAGGAUAGAUAGAAAUCUAUUUACUCGUGCAGUUUAGGAAGAGAAGGUGUAUCCCUUGUAGCUGUAAAUCUUUUUUUUCCAUCACAUGUACACGGAUGAAAACUAAAGAUAACUUAAUGAUGUUCAUCUUAGUUAAUCAUAUUGUCAGCAAAAAGCAAUUUCUUUUGCAA